AUGUCCGGAACCGGAUUGUCAAGGGUUUUAGACCCUGAAGUUUGCCGCGAGAUCCUGCUGUGGGAUUUGUUUAAUAGGUGGGGGAACGCCCUUUGUGAAUCUGCUUUCCUUGGCUCUGAGAAAUUCUAUUGUCCGCGCAAAGAUUGCUCGGCUUUGUUGAUUAAUGACGGGGAAAGGAUUAUUCAGAAAUUUCGAUGCCCAUUCUGCAAGAGAGCGGUUUGCGUGCGGUGCAAGCUAGCUUGGCACUCUGGUCUGAGUUGCGCUGAGUUUCAGGAACUCGAACCCCUUGGCCCGGAUGCUCUGUUUGCUAAAGAAAGAAGUGGAAACGGUGCCCCCACUGCAAAACUAUGUUGA